CUCGUACAAACUUGCUUUAAAUUGCUUACAGUUAUGAUGCGCGUUGGUGAUCAGGUUGAAAUUAAAGAAAAUCAAUUGACCUUCUUAAUUAAUUUGAUUAGACCUGACCUUGAAGAGCCCCAACGGCAAAAUACGACGUUCUCACUGAUUAAAGCCAUAAUUUCACGUAAAUUAGUGGUUCCAGAGAUUUAUGAUUUAAUGCAAACAAUUUCCGAAAUAAUGAUUACAAGUCAAGCUUCACAAACUUGUGACCUUUCGAGACAAGUUUUAUUUCAAUUCUUAUUGGAUUAUCCACAAGGACGUGGACGCCUCAAGAAUCAAAUAAACUUUUUAAUUAAAAAUCUCAAUUAUACCUUUGAGAGUGGUAGGAAAUCAGCAAUGGAGAUGCUAAGUUUAAUAAUUACUAAAUUCGGAGAUGAAAUAUUAAUGGAAUAUGCAGAAAUGUUUUUCAUGGCUUUAUCUAUUUCAUUAGUUAAUGAUGAAUCUAACAAAUGCCGAGAAAUAGCAGGUGUCUUGAUUAAGGUAUUAAUUAAACGAAUGGAUGAACAAAGAUUAAAAAAUACCUAUAUCUUGUUAGAUAAAUGGUUUUCUCAAACCGAAAAAAAGAGUUUGCAACGAAUGGCAGUACAAAUUUAUGGACUUGUAAUUGAAGCUUUUGAAGACAGAUUCAAGAAACACAUUCCAGAAUUACUAAAUAUUUUAGAUAUUGCUCUUCAAUCAAGUUCACAAGUUAUGGAUCAGCUUGUGCAUUCAUCAAAUGAUGCAGGCGAUAAUCAGGAAGACAUGAUGGUGGAUGUUGAUUGGGAGAUCGGAUAUUAUGCAUUAAAUACGUUCACUAAACUUAUCAAAGCUUUCCCAUCUGUUACUUAUCUUGAAGAAUGCAACAAAAUAUGGAUACUGGUUGAAAGGCAUAUUUUCCAUUCACAUUCUUGGAUAAGACUUGCAUCAAGCAGACUUUUUGGAUCAUACUUUGCUAAAAUUAAUCCCGAGACUAUGAUUGCUACAGGAUUAAAUAAAAGAAAUGAUUUUUUGACAAAGGAUUUGCUGAGAAAAUUGGCAACAUCAUUUUGUACACAAUUGAAAAGUGAACAUUUGGGACAAGAGCUUGCAAUUCAAAUUGUGAAAAACUUGUUUUUCAUUGGAAAAUGUUUUUAUUAUUUGUCGCCUGAUGAGGAUAAAGUAGACCAUUCAUUUACAAGGGAAAGGGAUGGAAAUCAUAAUGAAGAAUCUAUAUCUGAAGAUAUAGAUAAUGAAAACCAUGACGAUAUAGAUGAUAAUGAAAACCAUGACGAUAUAGAUGAUAUAGAUAAUAUAGAUAAUAUAGAAACACGUGUUGGUACCACUCAAUACCACAAUGCGUAUAAUAAAGUAAGACAACAAAUAGAGGAAGUAAGAAGGGAAAGGAAACAUCAAAGAGUUAUUAAGGCUAUUGUCGAUCCAGAAUCUGCGGCGAAACGGAAAAUACAAAGGAAUGAAAUGAAGAAGCAAAAUCGAAAAAGAAAAAAUGAAGAAUUUGCUAAGAAAAAAUUGAGAUAUGGCGCGAAAAUAUAUAUCGAAAAAGAUGUUCAAGCGAAUGAAGCACGUGUUUCAUUAUGUAUGCUAGAAAUGGUUAACGAAUUCAAUUUAACAAAAGAACAAUAUGCAAACUGGCCAUAUCCAAUUAAUAAAGCCAAUGCAAAUAAUGCAUUGGCAGAAUUCCGUAACAAUAAUAAUUGUGACCGUAAACAACAAAAAGCUACGCAGAGAGCGCAUGCAGGUUAUCGACGGCAUGAACGAGAACAGAGGCGUAAACGAAGUGAAGUUCAACGUGCCAAAAGGCAAAAAAUAUGUAUCGAAAAAGACAUCCAAGCAACUGAAGCAUGUGUUCCAUUGCGUGUUCUAAAAAUGGAAAAUGAUUUCGAUCCGAUUGAUGGUGAUGAUGCAAAUGGUAGUAUAGACUAUACGAAUGAUGCGAAACAAGAAUGCAAAGAAACCAUAUUUGAAUUGCAUAAUUCCACUGAUAAUUUGGCUGAGUUGAGAAAUUCAGGUAUGAAAUAUACCGACCGAUAA